UAAACGUAUCGAAGGGAAUAGAAGGUGUGUUGUUAUAAAGUUGACUCUAGUGAGCAAAAUUCCAGAAAACUCUCAAAACCUUACAUAUUUCAUAGCUCUUACAUUAGAAGGAUAACGAAAUUAUUAUAAUAAAUGUCCGGUCUUGAGGAUAAAGCUCUUUGGGGAGAGGAGACUUUGGGUGAUGAUGUUUCAAAAAUGUCAUUGGAUCAAAUUCGGUUGCGUACACGUGUGUUAUAUAACGAAAUAACAAUUAUGAAAACCCAGUUAAUACGCAUCGAGCAAGAUGUUCAGUUAGAAAAUAAUAAAAUUAAGGAAAAUACAGAAAAGAUUAAAGUAAACAAAACUUUACCUUAUCUGGUGGCUAAUGUCAUAGAGCUGUUAGACAUCGACCCUCAAGAUAUGGGACAAGAAGACGGCGCAGUUGUUGAUUUGGAUGCUCAAAGGAAAGGCAAAUGUGCGGUUAUUAAAACUUCCACACGUCAAACAUAUUUUCUACCUGUGAUUGGUUUGGUUGAUGCGGAGGCCCUAAAACCUGGAGAUCUGGUAGGUGUCAACAAAGACAGCUACCUUGUUCUUGAAACGUUGCCUGCUGAAUACGAUGCGAGAGUCAAAGCUAUGGAAGUGGAUGAGAGACCUACGGAACAAUAUUCAGACAUCGGUGGUUUGGACAAACAAAUUCAAGAAUUAAUAGAAGCCGUUGUCUUACCUAUGACGCACAAACAGAAAUUUGUAAACCUUGGUAUCCAACCUCCUAAAGGUGUACUUUUGUAUGGGCCACCGGGAACUGGCAAAACUUUGCUAGCCAGAGCUUGCGCAGCGCAGACAAAGUCUACCUUUCUCAAACUAGCUGGUCCACAACUUGUUCAAAUGUUUAUCGGAGAUGGUGCAAAAUUGGUAAGAGAUGCGUUUUCGCUUGCCAAGGAAAAGGCACCAGCAAUUAUUUUUAUCGACGAGUUAGAUGCAAUCGGUACGAAAAGAUUUGACUCUGAGAAAGCUGGUGAUAGGGAGGUACAACGUACCAUGUUGGAACUAUUGAAUCAAUUGGAUGGAUUUAGUUCAACUGCCGAUAUCAAAGUAAUAGCAGCCACGAAUCGUGUUGAUAUAUUAGAUCCGGCAUUGUUAAGAUCUGGUCGUCUCGAUAGAAAAAUUGAAUUUCCGCAUCCCAACGAAGAAGCCAGGGCGCGUAUAAUGCAAAUUCAUUCGAGAAAAAUGAACAUGUCUCCUGAUGUUAAUUUUGAUGAAUUGUCCAGAUCUACCGACGAUUUUAAUGGCGCCCAAUGCAAAGCCGUAUGCGUAGAAGCUGGUAUGAUAGCGUUGAGACGUACUAACGCGACUGCAGUUACACACGAAGAUUUAAUGGAAGCUAUCAACGAGGUUCAAGCAAAGAAGAAAGCGAAUCUUAGCUAUUAUGCUUAAUAUGCCUGAUAUGCUUUAUCUGAAAACUUAUUUAACAAGAUAUUUUCUUCUUGUUAUCGAUUCAUGUGAUAUAUUAUUGCGGUAGAUUUGUGCAGAUUGUACUGGCAGUUCUAAGAAAUAACUGGUGAGAAGAGGGGGGAGAGAGAGAGAGCUAUUGUAAGUGCGAUAAACUUACAAGUGUAAUUGUAACCAAAUAAACGGACAUUAAUUCUUAUAAAGGAAGUAAUUAUACAAAAGGUGUUAGUGAAGUUGAAUCACCUCGAACCUCCAGGCCCAAAAAGAUUACUCCAACGAUUUUCCCUUCGUUCACUUAUUUUAAUCAACCACGGUUUGAAUCGUCGUUUUACACAAAUAUUGUUUUCUAAAGUCCGACUCUGAUGCUCUGUUAUAAUCUCAUUUGCUACCUGAUAUUUCUCUAUUUGACUCUUUACUACCAACUCUAAUACCUUCUCAUACAGCGAUAACUUAUUAAUUGGCCUACAACCCUUUGCUGUUUUUGCUUUCUUUAUCAUCAUUCAUCGUUUCAUCAUUGUUAUUAUAGUUUUGCAAGGAAAAAGUAUGAGACGAUAACGACGCGAUCAACCUGUACAUAUAUGUAUGUAUUAUACCAAAGUGUACCACCUCUCCAUUCGAUUUCACUCUCUUCCGUUCCCUCCUGGCUGUAACUCGGUUUUCCGACGUUGUCUCUGUCUGCAUACAAGAGACGAACAAUGCUGGAUUUUAAUAUGACGCAUCCGCAGUCGCGUUUCCAUGACUAACGGCAGCUUUCAUUUAUUGUCGCUCGAACACUGUCUCGACGUUAGUACUUCAACAUCUCUGCGGACAAUCAUAGUCGUUGAGAGAGGGUGGUUGAAAUGGAAUAGAAGAAGAUGAAAAUAUUGAUGAAUCCACCGUUGCACGGUUUGCAAUUUUAAUGCCAGUAUUACAAGAGACCAGUUCGUUGUUCCUUUCCGGCUUGCGAAACCGCUGAAUUUACAUUUCCGUUUGCGCAGAUAACUAGAAGCGUAUCGAUGUCACUUAUAGAUUAGAUAAUAUUCUUCCUCUUGUGCUCUUGUACCGAGUGCUUUAAACAGUGUCGUGAUUCGAGCGACCAAACGAGCGAGAUGAAAUUCUUAUUAUUCCGUAAAGCCUCGUGAAAGAGAUUCUCUCAUAGUCUUCUAACGAGACUGAAUUUCUCGAAAUUCGUUUACGUGAAACGAGUAAUAGUCGCGUCUCGAUGUUUUGCAUCCAAAGCAUCUGUCGCGUCGCGAGACACCCUAAUUACGGUCGCUUCCUUGUCUUUCCGUAGCCUUCAUUUUCUUUUGUUUAUCAGUGCCACCAGCUGGACUAGUAGAAAACACGACGCGCGGCUGGAAUUACACUCGGAUUAAUUGUGCGUUAGUUGUGCGUGUGACGAGGCCGACGCAACGUUAGUCUUAUCGCAGAGAGACGUGCCGAGUUUGUAUAACUAAUAGUACUGUGCAAGACUGACUUCGAUAUGCUACAGCCAAGCUAUUAGUAUUAAACGAAAACUUUCUUCAUUCGUUGGCUCAAUGUUGGCUUUCGUUUUACCUCGAGUUUCUUGAUCGUUUAUCUGCGCAAAAAAAAAGAAAAAAAGAAAAGAAAAA